AUGACGCCCAGUCCCCCCGAUGAAGCUCUUCACUUCCGCGGAAAGACACUGACUCCGGAAAGCCCUCGUCCGCUACAUAUCCCGGAGCCAUCCAACAUCCCCGUGUUGGAAAACCAAAUGGACCCCGUAUUUAACGAUACAUCAACCUAUGAACGUUCGGUGCAGGAUUCGGGUAGUUUGCGUACCACUCAGCCAGGGGACCUUGUGACGAAUGAUAUGCCUGUUUCGGUGGAUUAUUACCAUUCCCACUCACAACCCCAACAAUCGGGGAAUGUGAACCUGUCCAACUCCCAUAUCCACGCUCAUGCGCCUCCGGUUGUUCCGGUCCACCAAGGCUUCGCCACUACCAGCGAAGUAGACAAUGCCGGCAACCAAGGCAAUGUAUCACACUUGUCGCAGAGCUUAGAGGAAGGGAAUGAGAAUGGAGGAUCAAAUACCGCGGGUGUCAAUUUCCAGACUCUGCUAGACAAUCUCUCGCAUCUCCCACCAGUGAAUCAGUCAGAGGCGGCUCCUUCCUUCCCAAGGGACUCGUCUCUCCACCAAGCACCCUUAACCGACCCUUAUCAAUCCCAGGGCGCCCCUGCCCAGCCCCUCCAAGACCCUUCUACCCAACCCAACUACUCAUCUAACGAUGAUCCAUCGUAUCAUCAACAAUCAUCUGCCCCUGCCACUUCUUCUGCCUACCCUCCACAAUCCAGUAACAAUGCCCAGCCUUAUCCCCAAUCAACGACCCCGGGCGGGGCGCCAGGCACCGUCCAUGCCGCAAAUUCCCUUCCUCCCCCGCCCAUUGCCAGCUUUCAGCACACACCCUCCACAGAAGAGGGAUCACAAACCUCCCAGGAGGGAGCCCAAGCGUCUAAAAAAGUCCGUAUCGACAAGCAGGCUCUGAGAACUGGGAAAGCAGGCGACGACGAUUCGCCAUGGGGGCCAGAGGUUCAAAAGAAAUAUGAUGAGUUUCUCCAUGAUGAAAGAAUCUAUGUUACUGAAGGACUUUGGGAUCGAUUCCCCAUGGGUUCCCGUCUAUUUGUUGGUAAUCUUCCUACAGAAAGAGUCACUAAACGAGACAUGUUUCAUAUCUUUCACAAAUACGGCAAACUCGCCCAAAUUUCGAUCAAGCAGGCUUAUGGCUUCAUACAAUUUUUGGAAGCCGAAUCGUGUCAUGCCGCAUUACAGGCUGAACAAGGGGCUCUAACCUCGAAAUUUCAAAGCCUCAGCGUUCUACUCGGCCCGCGCCCGCCGAGCCAUCUCGCGCUCCCCCGCCCCGACGCUCAAGAUCGCCAGAGUUCAGCCGAGCCGGUCCUGUUCGGCCCAACCCCCGUGCGCCCGGUGAUCGCUACGAUCGGCCUUAUGAACCAAGCCGACUUCCAUUUAGUGAUUUCCGGGAUGAGGCUUCUCAUCGCAGACGUGAUGACUAUCGGCCCCCACGAUCGCCUUCACCUCGGCCUAUUCGAGCGAGAGAUGGAUAUCGAUCUCGAGAUAGAACCCCUGAGCGUUUCGAUCGUCGUGAACGCCGGCGUUCUCGGUCUCCCCGGUCUCCUCGAUCACCAUAUACUAGAGACCGUCGGGGAGGCCGAUCUCCCAGUACCUCGAAGAGCACCCCGUGAUGUGCCUGAGGUCCAAGUGCUAGUCCUGGAAGAAGUUGAUCGAAACUUUAUACUUCAUGUCGAAAACGCUUUCCGCAACCGCGGUUUGCGAGUCGAUGUUCUUGUGCUCGGUCCUCGUAUUCCACUAGGUGCUGCAGUCCAUCGGCAAUAUGUCGAAGGUGUUCUUGCAGUCGUGCGACUCUCUCGACCCAAUCUAUUCUCUCGCAAAAUUCCUCUCCAAAUUUUCGACCGAAGCGCAGGUCCAGGCAAUGUCCGCUUUAGUGACUACCCAGAGGUUGACCCCAACAUCGCGGCUGAGCUUAUGUUUCACCAAGCCCACGCCAUGCCGCGCGGUCCCCCGCCUGCGUCUUUCGCCCCUAAUCCUGCUUUUGGUGUCGCACCUGUACCAACAAUACCGGUGCCUCAGCCUGGGCUUCCCAAUUUGACGAAUCCUCCCAAUAUUGCGAAUCUGAUCGGUUCCUUGGAUGGUCCUAGCCUUCAAUCCUUGCUAUCGGCCCUGCAACGACCCGCACCUCAGUCGCAGCCUGUUUCGGCUACUCAAUCCCCAUUCUCCUCUCCUAAUCCUCCACCGCCAGCCGACCUGGCUACACUUCUAAAUAAUGCAACUCGACCUGUUCCGGCUCCCAUUCCUCAACCACAACCACAGCCGCAACCUAUUAUCCCCCCUCCCCCAUUCAACCUACAACAUCCCAAUGCGCCUGUUGUUUCCGAUCCCCACUUGCUUUCAAUCCUUGCUAAGGGUCUCGGAAAUCAACAGCCGCAGGGCCAACCAGGUGUCGGUUCUAAUGUGCAAAAUCUGAUGAACCAGUUGGCCAAGUGGAAGCAAUGA